AUGGCAUACCGUGCAACCGCUCUUUUGGCCCUUUCCGGCCUUGCUUCUCUUAGCAACGCCAAACCCAUCCAUCCUAAGAGCUCUGCCGCCUCUUCCUCUUGGUCAGGUUCUUCCCAUACGACUUCCUCUUCCUGGUCAGAUCCCUCUCACUCGACUUCUUCCUCCUACCAAAGCUUCCCCACCCAAGUCGCUUCCUCCAAAAACCUCCUCCUUAGCAACGGCUUCCCCAAUCUCUCUCCAGCAGCUCUCUCGGACGUCAACAACGCAGCUCACGGCACCCUCUCCAAUGCCUCUGCCGGCAACGUCACCCUCUCCAAUGCCUCUGCCGGCAACGUCACCUUCCCGGCCGACUCGCUCACAAACUUCCAACUCGUCGCCUUCAACGAAUUCUUCGAAGUCGCAUUCUUCACCUCCCUACUCACCAACAUCACCACCGGCGUCCCCGGCUUCGAAAUCCCCACUCAUUUGAACUCGACAUUCAUCCUGGACACCCUCAUCGCCGUCCAAGCUCAAGAAGAACUACAUGCCAUCAAUGCGAAUACCAAAUUGCCUGUUCCGCUCAGCACUUGCGAAUAUAAAUUCCCGACGACCAAGUUUGACGAUGCUAUUGCUCUGGCUGCGACAUUUACCGAUGUGGUGUUGGGAACGCUUCAAGACAUCGCUACUAUUUUCGCAACCAAUGGAAAUGCUGGAGUCGUGAGGGGUGUGGCUGCUACGAUUGGGCAAGAAGGAGAACAGAAUGGUUUCUACCGAGCCAUUCGGAAUAAGAUUCCCUCUGCCCAACCAUUCCUUACCGCAUCGGCUAGAGAUUUCGCCUUUUCGGCGCUGAACCAAAACUUUGUGGUCGAGGGCAGCUGCGACAUUUCCUCCAUCCCCCUCAAAGUCUUCGACGUCCUCACUUUGAACACACCCACCAUUGGCCUCGGCGAUCAAACCAUUUCUCUAUCUUUCGACAUCAGCGGUUUCCACGGCAGCGCUGAAGAUUUGCAAUUCGUGCUGAUCUCUGGGCAAAAUGUUCCCAUCGUUCAAGAUCUCAAGAAUGUCAAGCAGGAUGGCAAGAUUGUUACUUUUGAUGCCGACUUCCUUCAGCAGACUGACCUGCUUUUUGGACUUACUCUUGGUGCUGUUGUACGUAAGGGCGGGCCUUUGGCUACGGUCAAUCAGGUUGCCAAUGCUGCUGUUUUUGGCCCUGCGCUUAUUGAAGUCGCUUAG